GCUCUCUGAUUGGCGGGGCGCGGGCGGGCGGCACGUCUCGCUCCCCGUUACCCAGCGGUGCUUUGCGCUAGGCCGCAGUUAGGCCACGCUGCGGGCGGGAUGGCGGUGGCGGUGCGCGCGCUGCAGGAGCAGCUGGAGAAGGCCAAGGAAAGCCUCAAGCACGUGGAUGAGAACAUCCGCAAGCUCACGGGCCGGGACCCCAACGAUGUCAGGCCCCCUCAGAGCAGGCUGUUACCCAUCGCAGGCCCUGGUGGAGGUAGAGGCCGCGGUAGCUUACUGCUGAGGCGUGGAUUCUCGGAUAGCGGAGGAGGACCCCCAGCCAAACAGAGGGAUCUUGAAGGGGCAACCAGUAGGCUGGGUGGAGAAUGUCGGACAAGAAGAGAAUCACGCCAUGAAAGCGACGCAGAGGAUGAAGAUGUUAAAAAGCCGGCGUUGCAGUCUUCCGUUGUUGCUACCUCCAAAGAGCGAACACGUCGAGACCUUAUUCAGGAUCAAAAUAUGGAUGAGAAGGGAAAACAAAGGAAUCGACGUAUAUUUGGCUUGUUGAUGGGUACUUUGCAGAAAUUUAAACAAGAGUCCACAGUUGCUACUGAGAGGCAAAAGAGGCGUCAAGAAAUUGAGCAAAAGCUUGAAGUGCAGGCGGAGGAGGAGAGAAAGCAAGUUGAAAAUGAGAGGCGAGAAUUGUUUGAAGAAAGACGUGCUAAACAGACAGAAUUGCGGCUAUUGGAACAAAAGGUCGAACUUGCUCAGUUGCAAGAAGAAUGGAAUGAACAUAAUGCCAAAAUAAUUAAAUAUAUACGAACCAGGACAAGGCCCCAUCUGUUCUACAUACCUGGCCGGAUGUGUACCGCUACACAAAAGCUAAUGGAAGAGUCGCAGAAAAAGUUGAAUGCACUGUUUGAAAAUAGACGCAAUGAAUUUGCAGAGCAAAUUAACAAAAUGGAGGCCAGACCCAGAAGACAAUCUGUGAAGGACAAAGAACAGCAGGAGGUGCAGAAUGAAGAAAAGAAGGAAGAACAGAACAAGGAGCAGGAAGAGGGUAAGGUGGCUCAGCAGGUGGAAGAGUUGGAGACAGGUAACCAGAACAAUGAUGUAGAAAUGGAAGAGGUAGGGGAGGACAGAGGAAAAGCAGGUGCAGGUUAUAGUGAUGCAGAGAGAGAACAGGAGGAGGAGGAACAGAAACAUGAAAUGCAGGUUAAAGCAGAAGAGGCAACUGAGGUGAUGGAGAAUGACAGGCAACAGGAUAGUCAGCAGGAAGAGGUUCUGAUUGUGAAAAUGGAAGGUGACAGGAUUCAGUCAGUGGAUAAUGAGCAAGACAUGGUGGAAGUUAAUGAGGCAGAUAGUGUAGAACAUUUAGAAAAUGAAAAUGGCAAAGUUGAACUAGAAGUUGAGUGUGAUGCUCAGCCAGAGAAAGUGUGUGACACUCCUUCCCCUGAGAAGGAGAAAGCUAACAAACCAGAAACUGACACUGAACCUGAAGAGAAACAGGGAAAGGAAUCUGAAGCCCAGCCUGAGACUGAGGUUCAGCCUCAGCCAGAGGCUGUGCCACUGCCACAGCCACCUCCGUUGUCUCAGUCCAUUCAGGAUCAAGAGCCUCAGAUGGAAAAGGAUGAAGCCACUGUGGUGUCUGUAAAGGUAGUUGAGGCACAGACGGAUCAAAUUCAGGCAACAGGUGUAGAAAUUAAGAGUAAGACCAGGAGUAGAAGCAGGGGUAGGACACGGAACAAAUCUAGCAAGAGUCGAAGUCGUAGUAGCAGUAGUAGUACUAGCAGUAGUAGUUCAACCAGCAGUAGUAGUGGAAGUAGCUCUAGCAGUGGCAGCAGUAGUAGUCGCAGUAGUUCUAGCAGUAGCAGUAGCACUAGUGGGAGCAGCAGCAGAGACAGUAGCAGCAGUAGCAGUAGCAGCAGUGAGAGCAGAAGUCGAAGCAGAGGAAGGGGUCAUAAUAGGGACAGAAAGCGCAGGAGGAGUGUGGAUAGGAAGCGAAGGGAUACUUCAGGACAAGAUAGAAGUCACAAGUCUUCAAAGGGUAGUAGCAGAGAUGCAAAAGGCUCAAAGGAUAAAAGUUCAAGGUCUGACAGAAAGAGGUCUAUAUCAGAAAGUAGUCGGUCAGGCAAAAGAACUUCGCGGAGUGAAAGAGACCGUAAAUCAGACAGGAAAGACAAAAGGCGUUAACAGAAGAGACCAGGCUUCCCUAGCCUAAUCUUUGCAGCAGAAGAUUAUUUGAGUAAAAGGAUUCCUUAUGAGGAGGAGGAGAAGGCUGCCUUAACAAUUGCAUGCUGUAAAAAAAAAUCUUUUGGAAAAAUGCAGACUGUUUACCAGACACUUGUACUUUUUACAUAAUUUUGUAAAGGGUAACUUAUCAAAAUUAUGUGAAGUCCCCUCUUCCCAAAAUGUAAGAAAAAUGAAAUUAACCCUCCCUUUGCAUUUUUUUAAAUACCCUGUACUCAUUAAGAUUCUCUGUAUAUUUUAAUAGGUAAAUCUUUAAGUUGGUGUGAUCACUUCUACUUCUGUACCAUAAUUUUUUUUUGUAGAAAUAAAUGUGCAUUUUAAAUAAA